UUCAGUUGACCAGUGAUAUCGAUGAAGUUAACAUUACCGGAUGAAAAUAAACGUUUCGCCCGUGGCAAAUUAUACUCUCUUCACAGCGUUGAUAGUUUUGUGAAUGUGUGAACGAAAAAACACGCGAUACUCUGGUCUGUUGUUUUAUCAACGUUGUUCAUUUUUUUUUUUUUUUGUUUGAAUGAAAUUACCGAUUUAAAAAGUGUCAUAGUACAAUCGUUAAAAGUUCAAAGAACACCAGACAGAACAGUUAUUAUCGGCUAUCGGGCUAUCUCUUUUAUGUAAUUGAUUAUUGCCCAGUCAGUCUGAGAACAGAAAGAUUGUUAAGAAAUCGGUUUGCCGCACUUAGUUGUAAAAGAAAGUGUUAUGUAAUGCAUAGCCACUGACUGUUGUAACGUGCGCGUAAUAUUAAAUGAUCUGUGUAUUAUGGUACGACAAAAGAGAAAUUAUCUAACCAAAUCGUUCGACUAAUGAACUAAAUGACAUAAAAUCAGAAACAAUAAUAUCGAAUUAACAGAAAUCGUCGUCGGUAUAUUUCUGUCGUUUUUUGUGGUGAGAUGUUGAUGGUUUCACGUUUCGAUUGUACAUCAUUUACGUAAUGCAAUUCGUACCUUGGCCUGUUUCAAGCAUAAAAAUCUAUCCGCAUAUUUCAUGUAUGUGAUUAACAUUUUCAAACACACAUCAAAACACGCAACGCGCCAAACAGCAGCGCAAUUUUUGUUAAAGAUUAUUCAACGAAAUUAAGAUCUUUCCAUCUGGGUGUAUUUAUUGAUACUGUGUGUGGUGUGAGCUUGGGUAUACAAUCUUUCGCAUUGUUCGUUCGAUUUAAUUAUCAAGGUGGCACUGUUUGUUGUGUUACCGCACAAGCGAAUCCGUUCGCGAAGAGACCGUCAAUCGGCAUCUCUUCCAUCAAACAAUUCUAAAGCAAGCACAAUGGCGCCGGGUGGACCAAGAGUUGUAAAUAAUUGUGAAGAGUGCUUACGAUCACGUUCGUUCAAUAUGAAAGUGCUUCGUUGCAAAGACGAUGCCAUGGAAGAAGAUGUUAAUUUGAAUAGCAUAGUCGAUGUGUAUGCAACAAUGCCUUGGUUUGGCAUGGACAUAGGCGGCACAUUAACAAAAUUAGUAUAUUUCGAACCAAAGGAUAUUACACCAGACGAAUUGGAUCAGGAAGCGGAAAUCCUGCGAAACAUUCGCCGAUAUUUGACAAAGAACUCUGCGUAUGGUAAAACAGGGCAUAGGGACACACAUCUUCAGAUGGACGAUAUAACAAUACGCGGGCGACGUGGAUCAUUGCAUUGCAUCCGCUUUCCGACGUCAGAGAUGGUAAACUUUUUAUUAUUGGCCAAGUCGAAAGGUAUGGCCGAAUUAGUGACAACGGUUUGUGCGACUGGCGGCGGAGCAUUCAAAUUUGAAAAGGAAUUCAAAGAGGAAGUCAAUAUGAGAUUAGCAAAGUUUGAUGAAUUGGAUGCUUUGAUCAAAGGAAUACUAUUCGCUGAGACACACAAUCCAACCGAAUGCUAUUACUUUGAGAAUGCUAGUAGUGUAUCAUGUAUUUCAAAAGGCGAAAAGAAAGUGUACGAUUUCUCGCAACCAUAUCCAUUUAUUUUAGUAAACGUUGGUUCUGGUGUGUCGGUGUUAGCGGUUUGGGGACCCGACCAUUACAAACGAAUAUCAGGCACAAGUUUGGGCGGCGGAACAUUCCUUGGUUUGUGUUGCCUUCUAACCGGCUGUGAGUCGUUCGAGGAAGCGGUACAAUUGGCAACGGAGGGCGAUCACACAAAAGUAGAUAAAUUAGUGCGAGACAUAUACGGUGGCGAUUAUGAGCGAUUCGGGUUACCGGGCGAGUUAGUUGCAGCUAGUUUCGGUCAAAUGAAUUCAAAAGACAGGCAAGGAAGUGUAUCCAGAGCUGAUUUAGCCAAUGCAACAUUAGUCACCAUUACAAACAAUAUUGGAUCGAUAGCAAAAAUGUGUGCCAUCAAUGAGAAAAUUGAAAAGGUGGUGUUCGUUGGCAAUUUCCUUCGCGUCAAUCCAAUUUCAAUGAAACUGUUGGCCUAUGCAAUGGACUACUGGUCCAAGGGUACACUAAAGGCGUUGUUUUUAGAACAUGAAGGAUACUUCGGCGCUAUGGGUUGUUUAUGUCAAUUCAACAAUGAAAUUAGUUGCACCGAGACUGAGACAACACAAACGAAUUUCGAAAACGGUGAUUGUGUAAUUUAGUAAAUGGUUUUGUGACUACGUACAAACGGACAUCAUUGUGUUACAUAGAUUUUGCGUGAAUCAACGACGUUUCGAACAAGAAAACCAGAGAACUUUUGUGUUGCUGACAAUUUUGUUGUAUAAAUUUUUAAAUUAUGCGCGGUGCUUAUAUUGACAAAGUGCUUAAACACGAUUUGACGUUCCGCAAAACGAUGUUGGGCGGGCAUUUUAGAUAGAUAAAACAGUAGAAUGGGUUGGGUGUAAUAUUUUUUAAGUACAAGAUUGUAUAGUUAAGUGAACAAACAAAACGAAUUUUUUUUCUAAAUAAAGAGAAAAGUUUUUUUUUACAAC